AUGGAGUCAUCGUCGUUAAUACCCGGCUUGACGGACGACGUAGCGGAGCUCUGCCUCUCGCGAACCCCGCGCUCUGACUUUCGGAUCAUCUCUCAGGUCUGCAAACGAUGGAGGAGGUUCCUCAAGAGCGAGUAUUUCUCAACCGUUCGAAAGUUGACCGGAUCGGUUGAGGAGUUCAUGUGUGUUUUGACGGAAAGCAAGUUCGAAAGAGACGGAAGGUUAGUAAAAUACUUGUUAGGGGAAGUUUUCGACGCGUCAGGGAACAAACUGGGAUGUAUCCCUCCCGUCCCUGGUCCUUUCAUGACCGGUUUAGGCGUCGCGGUUCUUCCUAGCGGUAAGAUCGUGUUUAUUGGUGGCUAUGCUGAGGUUGAACGAAGUGGGAUCAAUACCACCGAUAUCUCUGUUUCUGCCCAUGUUUACGAGUUCGAUCCUGCGUCUAACAGUUGGAGAAAACUGGCGGACAUGAGUAUACCACGUUUGAACUUUGCAUUUGCGGUAGUGGACGGCCUUUUGUAUGUGAUCAGAGGCUAUUCGUCACAUCGUGAACGCCAUCACAGCGCAGAAGUAUAUAACCCGGAAACUAACCAGUGGAGCCUCAUGGAUUGUCCACGCCGCCCCGCCUGGGGUAACUUCGCGUUCUCCUUCAAGUCCAAACUUUACGUUGUAGGUAAUGGAUCGAGGUUCAUCGACAUAUAUGACCCAAAAACGGAGACAUGGGAAGAGAUAGACUCGGAGCAAGCACUGUCGAUCUAUUCCUACACUUUUGUGAGGAACAAAAUGUAUUUCUUGAGCAUGAACAUACCCAAAAUGGGAGUAUUUGAUCCAGAGGAUAAUUCAUGGAGUUGGGUGUUUGUGCCUGGGGGACCGGGUGGUUACUGGUUUAGACUAGGGAAAUGGAACAAUAAGGUUAUGCUGUUUCCACGGAUUGGGGGUGACUUUAAGGCUUUAACUGGUGACAUUGAUAAAGAGAACGAGUCCGAGUGGACAGUCACACAUAUUAUACCAUCUGGUUCUAACGCGACCAGCGUUCUCUUCAACUUCUAA